AUGGGACUUAACAUUGGUUACCUUUUUUACUUCACGUUGUUUUUGCCCAAGGUGAGCAAGUUCAAACAGUGCCAUGCAUUAGUCACUCAUAUAAUUCUUUCAUUGGGAAUAUGUAAAAUUGAACUACAGACAAAUAAUUCACAAAUAUUUCCGGUCCAAUUCAUCACUCAGCUGUUCUCUAUAAUUAAUUUAGCAGACUAUUUGGAUGCGUCAUACAUACAAAAGAAACCCAAUAAUGGUCUUAAAGAGAGCAGUAUUAGAAAUAUGAUAUUAUGCUUUGAUAUGUACUUUUGCACGAGAUUAACAAUCGUAGUUAAAUAUUUUCCUGUUGGUUAGAUCGAAAUAAAGUUUUAAUUACAAGAGAUGAUAAUGAUACUAAAGGCCAUGUAUUCAUCUGGAGAUUUACUCUCAGCAUUUUGGAUUUUUGUCAUAAAUAUUUUAUGUAUCAAAUGUCAGUUGGAUCACCAGUCAUCUUCAAGUUUAAUUCAACUACAUCCUGAAAGUCAAUCAGUUACACUGAAUAGUACAGUCCGCCUACAAUGUCGCGUACGAAUGUUGAUAGAUCCAGAUACUGGAGCAGGAGCUCAAGUCUACUGGUCCAAAAAUGAUUUUGGCAUUGGUGGUAAUCGUGAAGACAUUCAAGAAUAUGGGCGUAAUUCACGAUAUGAAUAUUCACGUUAUGAUUUACCAUACAAUUUAAAAGAGGGACAAUAUGAUCUUCAGAUUAUGAAUGUGGAAUUGUCCGAUGAAGGUGCUUAUGUAUGUCAAGUGAAUUUUAUGCGACAACAAUAUCUAAGUCAGACAGCUGUUUUAACAGUACAAGUUCCUUCUGAAGCUCCACAGCUUUUUCAAAUAACCAAUGAAGGUAAAGGUCAGCGAACAGAUAUUGGAUCAUCUCGACCAGCAAUUGUGGACGAUGGGAGUAUCAUGGUUCUUGAAUGUGUUGCGCGUCAUGGUAAACCAGGAGCUCUACUGACUUGGUUUAUUGAUGGGGUUCAAGUGAAACUGGAAACAAAUCCUAGCAGUGCGCCUGGGUCUUUCAUUUCUGGCUUUUCUGGCAAUUUAACGUUUCAACUUGAAGCAUCAGCUAAGAUUCCAAGACUAGUUGAUGCAACUAGCAGAAUGAGUGCACAUUUGAAUAAAUUACAUCAUGGGAAACUUGUAGAAUGUAGAGCAGAAAACACUGGUUAUGAAAUGCAUUCACUUCGCCCAGCUCAAACAAAAAUUGAAGUACACUAUGCGCCUGUUGUCAGCAUACAAGUACGUCCUUCACGACCAGAUAAUCAAUACAUGGAACAUGAUAUUAUUACCGUUGAAUGCAAUGCACACGGAAGACCGGAUUCCUUUUUUUGGGAAUGGUAUGUCAAUGGACGUCAAGUUGAAAAUAUAGCUGAAUCAUGGUAUCGUCUUCGGUUGACACGAGAAUUACACCAGGCUGUAUUUCGAUGUAUUGCAAUUUCAAGUAAGAAAGGAUUUGCAGAGAUAACUAUUAACGUUAAAUUUGGACCUCAGUUUCAUCAGGCUUCAGCAUUACUAUUUACUGCUUCUCCGGGUGAAGAUGUAUUGAUGGAAUGUCCUGCAAUUGGUAAUCCGACACCACAAAUUGAAUGGAGACGAGAAGGUGGCAGAGAGGUGUUGUCACGUAGCGUUGCACUCAAAAGAGAAAAUUUAAGAGAAGAAGACUUUGGGACAUAUAUAUGUACAGCUUUUGUACCCGAAUUUCCUUCUGUAUCAAAGCAAAUGUAUAUAGCUAGACGAAAACCUCCUCGUAUACAACCGAACCCAAUAGUUCAUGCUCAUUUAGGUCAACCAGCAAGACUACGUUGCACAGUGAAUUCAGUUCCUCUUCCACCUUCUGGUCAGACACACUGGUAUUUUAAUGGUAAUCCAAUUCAACCAGAUUCACAUCAUAAAUUUGAACAAGAAGAAUUCAUCGGAGGUGCAGUACUUGUUCUUCAUAUAGCACAUGUAAUGAUGAGUGAUUUCGGUCAGUACAAUUGUUCUGUGAGUAAUGGUUAUGGAUCUGACUGGAAAUUAAUACGACUCAUUCAUCAAGAAGACAUCCCAAUUCAAUUUAUUAUUGGUGCAGCAGUGACUGUUGGUAUCUUGUUAAUAGUAGGAUUAAUUCUUCUUUGCAUAUGUCGUCAAAGAGUAUGUGGUUUCCGUUAUAAUAAAGGUAACCGUAAUACACAACCAUCAAGAAAUUCUCUACAAGAUUAUGGUGUAAUGAACUCAGAUUUUGUUACACGCACCUGUUCACCAAGUAUGCAUUAUCGUCAAGAUCCGUAUCAUUGUUAUUCAACUAAUCCUAGUUUGAGUAAAUCAUUUAAUCGUUAUGGUUUAGAUGCUACGGAUCAGGGAUCAGUGAACAUACCUAAGGAUCGGUCAGAAAAUUGUUUUUUUGAAGAGUCUAAGGAAGAUUUUUGUGCGAAUACUUCUGUUCCUGUUGUUUCUGGUACAUACUGUACAAACCUGACACCUUGUCAACUCUUACAACCGAUAUGUAAUGGAAAUACCUACAUUCCAAGCUUAAAUCAUCGAAUGUUAUCACCUGAUCAUUCAUCUUUCUUAAGCGGAUGUCCUACCCUACUACCAACCUCUGAAUUGCUCCAGACUCCACCACCUGAUUUUAUACCUGAACCUAUUAAUCUCCAAUCUUCUGAAAAUAAUAGUUCCAUGAGAAAUCAUAAUUAUCUUUUUUCGCCAUCUAGUAAUCAAUUAUUAGCAAAUCUUCCUCAGAUUACAACACUUGACCUAACCAAUGGUAUACCAGUGCAUACAUCAUCACAAGGAUUAUGUUCUGGUGGUGGUUCAGUUAUUAGUGGACAAAGUUCAUUAGACACUACUUCAUGUACCCCUGUAAAUUCACAUUUAUCUCGAAGUGUUCAUAACUCAGCUAUAUCACCCGACCAACAGUCAUUAACAACAACAAAUCAUUCAGACCACCUAAUGCCAAAAAUGGAUAUAAUAUCGAAUUCACCUGUAUCAUAUGGAGUUAAUUCAUCUAUUCAUGGAAUAGCCUAUCUAAUUAACGACCAUACAACAAAUGUUUGAUCCUAUGGUUAUAAAUAUAUGAUAUACAGGAAUACUUGCUACACCAUACGCAGUGUUUAUUCAGCCUUAUCUUGGCGUAGUAACAAACAAAGUACACAACUAAAGCGUUUUGUGCCUUAAUAUUAAGUAAAUAAUACUACUACUCCCUGUUCAUAUUUGCUUUCAUCAUUUCAAACACGCCACCUAGUUGUUUUCAUGUGACAAACGCUAAUUCUUCUCUUUUUCACUUCACUCUGCAAAGGUACCCUCGUUGUGUGCAACAUUCAGUAUUUUGGAUCAAAAACGUCUUCCGCCACACACAUAAUACAAACACAUUCUUUUUUAUUCUUAAAUAAGCAAUAGUAAUAUACUUGUUGAAUAAAUAUAUUUACUGAAUUUCUAAAUCGAAUCAUAUUAGUAGUCGCUCCAUAGUCGAUAUGAGUACAAACAUCAAUGCAAGAAGCAUGAUUGGAUGUUUUCAAUUAAGACUAAAUUAUACGUCUCAUUAAUAGCAUAAUAGACAGACAUAGCUUAUAAAUAUAGGACCGAUAAUUACUGGCCAACAGCUCAGGUCACAGUAACUCACAGUUGAGUGUUAAUUCGAAGGUAUGACGAAUCGUAGAUAUGUCACUCAGGUUAUGCUGUAUAAUAAAGCUGGUUUUCAUUUACGAACUUUCACAAAUUUGAAUAAAGCAAGAAGAACAAAAGUAGCAUGUAUUUCGUGGAUUCUCCUCCGCUGCUAUGCAACUUACAGAAUGUAUAUAUAAGGGGUUUUGUUCAUUGUUAUUCUAGAAUCGGUAAAAAUGACGUCAUGGUUUAGUAGGCGUCAACCCCGUGAACUCUUAAGACUCAAAUUCUUCAGGAUGUGUCAGUCAAUCUAAAUCUGUUUCCUUCCAUCUCAAUUCAAAAAACUCUUGUAUAACAUAUUAUUCAUCAUCAACAGCUGAAGAGAAUCUACGAAAUAUACGCAUACUAAUCCUGCUACUAUUUACUGCUGUUCUUGCUUCAUUCAAAGCUUGUAUUCUUUAGCAGUCAAAGGCCCACAAGUGAUAUUUACAUCUUAAUUGGUCUUUUUACUAUACAACACUCAUACACUGCAACUUCACAGAACUCUCUGAAAUUAUCAUCUUGCCAUAAAGAUGGCACAAAACAAAUGAAUAAAUUGAUUGAUUAGUAACUGAAAUUUCAGUAACAUAUUUUCAAAUGAGUUUAAAAAUCUUCAGUUGUAAAACUGCACAGGGCAACAGGCUAUCGGAUAAACGUAUUCUCCAUCUAUUGAUUUAAAAUAAAGAUAAACAUCACCUUUUAAUUUAUUAUCAAAGAGUGCCACUCGCUUCAUCUUGUUCAUUACUGUUCACUCACCAAAGUAAACUUGUCGAAAAUACAACUGCAAUAAUAUCAGCAUAAUUCUUAAUUCAAAAUACUGGUUAUUCAGAGAACCUAUCGGUGCAUCGGCUGAAAUCGUAACACUUUGCAACAGCAUGCACAGAAGUGGACGGAAAAAAUUAUAUCAAAGUAGUCAAAAGUGUACGAGACGAGAGAAAAUAAAUGAAAGUUGAGGAAAGUGUUUGAACUUUCGACAAUGUCCAAGUGAAUACGUCAAUCCUAUUGUACCUGAUAUUCAACCGUCACCAAGUGUUCAAUUACCGAUUUUUGUUAUCUCAAGGAUCUAAGCCAAGUAGCCUACACCUACAGACAUCACUAAGACCAAUAGCCAAAGACUUCAUAAACUUGAGGGGAGCAAGAACACUCAAAUUGAGCAGAAUAACAUGAUAUCAUUGUAUCUCGUUAGGUUCUUAUCAUCUACUCACAAAAUACAGAACAUUUAGUAUGAAGCUACAGUAGGUACUUAAUAUUCUUGAGUUUAUCACCAAAAUGUCUAUCAUUGGAUUCGUUCAACAUGUAAGGCGAUAAAAUGAUUGGAAGUAACAUAAAUAGAGGUGAAGGUGACAAGGCAUAUUGAUAUUUUAGAUUUAUAUGUUAAUUAUUAGAACAUUCUCAUCAAAUAGAAAUGAAAAGCGUUUGUAAAAGUAUGUGGGAUUUAGAAAAGAGAUUACGUGAGUUCAGUGAAUAGACAAGUUGAUAAUAAUCUAGAAAUCAGCUGUCGUGAGGUGAACUUAGUGGAAUAAAAUUACGACUGAGUAUGAAUUUAAAAUUGCUACUAAUAAUGAAGACAAUGGGCGAUGACGUAAACGAAAAUGGUUUAUACAGUAACUACCAGGGUAGUGAUAGGUUGACAACUGCUUCCUUUUGGAUACACAAACCUGGUGUCAGCCUUUUGAUUGCCAUAGCUUCAGUGAAAUGAACAAGAUAGAAUUUUUUUGUAUUUGUUGGUUAUUUUUAAAUGACUGAAGCAACCAGCUAGUGUCCUGUAUCUAGUUAUUGUUUGGUAAUCACUCCAGUGAGAUUCUGAACCACAGAAGUCGAGAGCUUUUCAGAACAUAUCCAAAAUGUUGGAGCUAAGCCAUUUUUCUUAUCCUCCCAAUGUAUUUACUUUGACAGAUACACGUGACUUUAUACAGGCGAUCAAAAUUACCAAACGAAGGAUGAAUAUCGAUUUUCAACUGCACCAGUGACAAAUUUGUUCGAUACGUGAUGAGUAAACAAGCUAUAGGUUACUUUCUGACUAAUGAGUUUUUAAGUGUUCUGUUCACUGGUUCUGCAGUAUCAACGCCUUUAAAAUCAAGCCGAAUAAACAUUUGCUUUUUGUUAAUCGUAACUUUCAAUUUUUUAUUUCCAGUUCUACUAUAUUUGCGGAUAACCAUUCUGCUUCAGACAUUUCUUGAUGAUCAAUAGUUCAUCUUCUACUGUCAGUUAAACAUAUUCCUCUCACUCUAUGCAAGUCCUGUAAUCAAUCCUUUCUUCAUACCAGACCAAAACGAAAAUGUUGAAAUCCAAAUGAAGCAUUCCAUGUAUUCUUUCUCUCAAUAGGUCUUUUGAGUGUAACAUUGGAUUAGAAUAAUCUAAUAUAAAUGUAAAAUAUC